AUGGAGAUCGCGCCGGCCAAUCAUCAGCUUGCUGUGUGCACCUAUGAAUUUCUCUGCAGCGGUCGGCACCCUGCGGUCUUCGCCUCCCGCAGUGUGGUGUUCUGGGCGGGCUCUCUCUUGGCCAAUUCGAUCUUCCAGUGUUUCCCGGCCGCGCCGGAGUCGGCUUGGCUGCGGGCGGCCGGCAUCCUCGGUCAACUUCAGAUGCAGGGCCUCUCGGAGUCUUUUCAUCGCCAGGCUGUCUCAGUGCACCCUUUCUCUUUGAAGCUCUGGCUGUCCUAUUUUAGUCAGUCAAAGUCAAGCGGAAAUGGAGCUUCUGUCAUGGAAGCUGCCAGGAAAAGAGGGUUCGAAUUAACAUGA